UGUAGAUUUACAUUAAUUUAUUGCAGUAACAUUUAUAUAAUUUUUUAACAAUAUCAUGGCAAAAAUAGUUGAUGCAUAUUUAAGUAUUUUUUAAGCAUUUGAACAUUCCAAUAGGGAUUCCAAUAUGGAGUUAACACGCCGAAAAGGAACUGUCAAUAAAGGCCAUGAUUUUGAGUUUGACGUAAUCACAUAUCUGGUUUUAAGUGGCCUACAAGAAGGAUGGAAAAACUUCCACAUUUACACAAAUGUUGAUCAAUUUGGAGCAUUUGACGAUAUAAUAAUGCAUAUUGAAAAGGACAAUUUUAAAAACAAGCUAUUUUUUAUACAAUUGAAAUCGAAAAAUGGACAAGUACUCGCAGACUCACUUUCAAGGACUAAUGGAGAUUUUAGUAUACCAAAAUAUGAAGAAUGUUUCAAAGAUAUAAUAUUAAAAACCAACAACCAGGAAUUAAUAUUGAAUAAUCACACUUUUAGUAUGAACGAAAUUUAUUGUAUACUAUUUACAAAUGCUGAGUGUUUAUAUGAAAAGCUCCAAAAAUUUAAAUUGGUCCACAGUAACUGUUGUAUCGAUAAAACUUUUUUUAAUAUGGGAGGAGAUAUGGAUACUUUUUGUAUACAAAAUACUGAAAAUGUAUUUUUAGAAAAAUUUUCAAUUUUUUCUAAACAAAAUCAGGGCGAACAAAUAGAUAAACUUGUGUAUUCAAAGUUUUACUUAAAAAAUUAUUUGGGAACAAAAAGUAAAAUUAAAGAUUGGGCAACAAACAAAAAAGUUACACCUUUUAGCUUGUUGAAUGCUGUGCAACUUUUUUUGGAAGACGUAGUUUAUAUCAAGCCACACGAAACAGUUAAAACUAAUAACAUAGAUGUAAUACUGGAAACUAUAAGGGAAUUUAAUUUUACCUUAAUAAAAACUGAUAAAGCAUUGGGCAUACUGUGGAAUGGAAUUGCUAACUUUAUUAUAAAUAAAUUUGAUCUUCAGGAUGUUAGCCCUGAAAAUGAGUCAUUAUCGUUUCGUGAUUUAGAAAAAAUAAAAAAUGCCAAUAUUAUAAAAAUAGGCGAAUCUAUUAAUUUCACUCAGUUAUUGAUACGUUGUUGGUACCUGGAAAUAAUUCCAAUUAUAAUUAAAAUAGAUAACGAUAUCUUUUCGCAAUUUGAUAAAUUUAUUAAAAACUUUAUUUGUAUAGCUAAGCACCGACCACUUAUAAUUUUUAGUAAUCAAAGUUCAAACAAUAUCAAAGAAAUAUCUAAAAAGAUAAAUUCUGAUUCACUGUUUAAUUUUUCAAAUUUAACAAAAUCACAAUUAUCAAAAAAUUGUAAUUUAAUUCAAAUAGGUUUUCAAAAUAAAGGGUUAAUUAACUUUGGUAAAUUAAAAAAGGUUUAUAUUAAGGAAUCCAAAAUAUGUCCAGAUUUGUAUGUAGAGUUACUAAGUGAAACCAUAAAUUUUGGAACUUUAGUUAAUUGCGACUUUUACAUAAAUCGAAAAAUAUAUCAGCCCCUAUUAAUUAGAAGCGUUUUAGAAAAUUCAGAUGCUGAGUUUAUAAUAUAUGAUUAUAAAAAAAAAUUUAGAAAUACACUAACUUCAUCUUUAAUACGUCAUAUUAAAGCAAGACCCAGUAAAAAGGAUAGAAUUCGUUUUGAGGGAAAAUUAAAUACACGGGCAAAAUCUAUUCAUGUAUUAAAAUAUAUAAAUUUGCAUAAUACAGAUUUUUAUUACUUUGAAUGGAUGUACUCUAUUGGGGAUGUUGAAGAAAUUUCACAUUAUAGAAUAAAUUUAAAACCUUAUUAUUUAAAAGAUUUCAAAGUUUUUGGUCAUUUUAAAAAUCAAAUUAACGUAAUAUAUGACCAAUCAGGGAUGGGUAAAACAAUGUUUUUACAAUUUUUGCAAAAAACAUUACAAAAAAUGUAUGUAAUUUACUUAAAUCUAGAUGAAAUUAAAACACAAUUAAAAAUCGACAAUUUUUUAAAAUGCAUUGUUAAAAAUGAAGUACAAAAAAAAACAUAUUUAAAAAGAUUUAAACAUUUUUAUGAACAUUUCUUAUACAGCAUGAACUACCAGGGUUGUUUAGUAUGUUGUUUAGAUGUAGAUAAUGAAAUUCCUUACUUAACAGUUAAAGCCAUACAAAUAUCAAAAUUAAAAACAUGGAUAUCCACCAAACAUUUUAACUCCGAGGUAUUAAAUCGACUCUCAAUAUUACCGGUAUCCUUAUCUGAAUUUAGUAAACGAGAACAAACUAGUUUUAUUGGAAAAAUGAUAAAUGAUAGCAAUAAAACAACGCAAAUAAAACAUUACAUAAACUGUUUUGUAAAUUAUUUUAAUGGCACUCCUGAGCAUGUAAUGAUGUUGGUUGAAAUGAUUAAAAAUUUAAGUAUUCAAAAUAAUAAUUUUUUAGAUAUUAUAGACGAAUAUAUCAAGAAAAAAUUAGAAAAAAUAGUUGAAUCCAAUGCUGUGGAUCACUUAAAAUAUCAAUUGGCUCGUUAUUCCUAUAGUCAAAAGUUUAAAGAAAAUCAAAUAUAUGAAUUUAAAGAGUUAAUUACGUAUUUUAUAAAAUAUUGGGGAACAGUUGACAAUAAACAUUCUAUUUUAAAUCUAAAUCUAACAAAUGUGCCGUUUAUUAACUUUUAUGUUGGUGAAUUUUUGUGUGCAGAUUUUCUGAUUAAACAGAUUAGAGAAAACAUUGAUUCAAUAACAUACCAAAACCUAAUGGAAAAAGGGUCACAAAAUAUUAGAUAUAUUUUCGAUCUUGUAGCGGCCAAAGAUUGCGACUUGCUUACAGCUUUUUUAAAAUCAGAUAGUAAAGGUAUAAGAAAAUAUAAAAAGAAUAUAACACAAACCGAUAUAUUUGGAAGGACAUUUAUGCAUAUUGUAGCUCUUCACCAAAAUAUUUUUUUGGACUUUAAGAGUAACUGUAAAAUUAUAAUUAAAAUUUUACUAAAGUGCCCAGCCGAUAAGGACAAAUUUAAAUUUGAUGCAUUUGAUUAUGCAAUAAAAUUAAAAUCUUAUGGAGUUUUAGAUAUUUUAUGCAAAAGAUUUUCAAUUAAAUUACCUUUGUCAGAAGAUACAUUAUCAGAAAUGCUGAUAGUAUCACUGCGACAAAAUUAUAUUAAUAUUGUUAAAGGAAUGCUUAAGAAAAAUAUUUUAAACCUACAGAUAAAGGGAGAAACUCCUCUUAUAAUUGCAACAAGAUUAUCAUGUUUAGAAAUUGUUCAAAUUUUGUUGAGCAAUGGAGCUGAUCCAAACACUGUAAACCUGGACGGACAAACUCCCCUUAUGAUUGCAACAGGAUUAUCACGUUUAGAAAUUGUUAACAUUUUGUUGGGCAACGGAGCUAAUCCAAAUAUAAGGGAUAACCAGGGCAAAACUGCCAUUUUUCAUUGGUGUGACGUUCAAAUGACAAAAACUAGCUAUACAAUUUUUAAACUAUUGCUAAAACAUAAUGCCGAUUUAGAUAUUUAUGAUAAAAGUGUGAUGACGCCUUUAAAGUAUUGUUCAGAAAUUAAAAACUAUGAUAAGGUUGAAGCCUUGCUGCGGCUUGAUAAAGGCAGGGACAAACCGCCCAAUGGGCAAAAUGACCAAUUGCCCGAAAUUAUAAACAAUAAAAAGAUUGAUGGGGAUGGACAUAAUGCGCAAUUGUCCUGUCAGAGCAGGCCUUUUCAGCGCCCGAAGCAAAAUAGAAAAAGGCUCUAUAUCUUGCUAUUGUUUAUUUUUUUGGUUGUGAUUUAUCAGCUCAAUUUUAAAUGAAAUAAUUUUCAAUACAUUCCAACAGACAUGCACAAAAUAAAGAUUUAUAAAAACGUAUCUAAAAUAUUGAACGUCUUAUAAUAGUUAUUUAUAUCAUAAGGCUGAGAAGGGAGUAAGUUUAAAUGCCGACGCAUAGCGGAGGCCUACAAUUGAGCGAAGCACAAAAAUACACUUCUUAGCUGCAUGGCAUACAAGAUCUUAAAAGCAUAAUUUUAUUUGUCAAACAAUACAAUUAUAAUAGCUAUUAAAAGAAGAAAGUGAUGUUAGUUUAGAUCUGACAGUAGUUUGAUUGGUCGAAAAGGGUUUUUACCCAUAAAAACUUUACCUGAUUGCUCUAAAUUAUUUCUACAGCCUAGGAGGUUUUUUGAUUAAAGAUAAUAGUAUAUUAAAAUAGAAGUAUAUAAUUUUUUCGUUUUUGGAUUUUAUUUAGUAUUAUUUUAAAUUUUUUGUGAUCUUCCUUACUUGGAGAUUUUUCUCGCAAAAUAUGUGAGUUGGUAACACUAAGCUACUAACUAACUGACUGGAGGAUUUUAUUUACUAUUGUCAAAGUUUUUAAAUGUUUUAGUGAUAUUUUUAAACAAUUUGCUCAUUCGAAACAAGAAUGACACAACUCAAAAUCACAGUUUUUGAGAAAACGCAUUUUAAAUGUCUUAUUACUGUUUUCCAUUUACCAAGCCCUGUAAAUACCUAUAAAAGCUGGGCUCAAAUAUUUUGUUGUUUAGGCAUACUCUCUAAAAAACAGUAAUAAAAAAUUUAAAAUGUGUUUUCUCAAAAACUGUGAUUUUUGAGUUGUGUCAUUGUUGUUCCGAAAAGAUACACAAUAAUUAUUAUUGUGUAUCUUCUAGUGAUGUAAAAUAUCACAAGAGGUUAGGCUCAUUUAUUUGUUAACGUUUGGAAAGUUCCAACACUUAAAAACUAAAUAUCACCAAAAAUCGUUUAAGUAUGACCAUUCUUCGACGAUUUCACGUGAGAAAAUAUAACAUUCUUACUCCAAAAUCUAGAAACACUUUUUUAUUUGAAAUCGAAUUUUAGUUGACAUUAAUAUUUUUUAUUCUACACCGCAAAUUUUGAUUGAACUAUUAGUGAGAUUGUUGUUUUUUUAAAUAUAUUUUGUAGAAUAAUAAAAUUUAUACUUUGAUAAGUGCUUAAAACACAGAUAAGAGCUGUGUUGUGCAGGUAUUUUGCUACCUUCUUUUCGACCCUUACAAGCUCUUUCUUAUUCCACAUACAUAUAUAUAUAGUCAC